AUGGAGCUUGACGAGGAGGCGAAAGAGGAUUUCGACGAGCAUGGUUUAGGUGGGGAGGAUCUUGACGCUCAGAUCGAAGCUGUGAAGAGCAAUAUUAUUGGCAGUAAGAUGUACUUGCGUGGCAUGAGCCGCUAUAUAGCGUGGCUGUACACCAAUAAACGCGAUGUCUUGAGUGGAGAGCUGCUAAGUGCACUGCGGGAUGAUGCCUUCGAAGACGAUGGAACAGGCUACUUGUCACUAAAAGUUAACGGAGUACUUCGCUUUAUCCGUGAAAACGCAAAGGUCCCAUUAAUUCAGUACGAACAACAUCGAGCUACUGAUUUUGAGGGGCUCUUACUGUCUUUAAAGAGUCAAAAAGGAGGAAAACCUGGUAUAUCGGUGUACAACUCGUUCCGAUCAGCGCUGUUUCAUUUGUAUCGUGGGUACGGGCGCUCAAUGGAUGUGGACUUUGCAGCAGAUGUGACGUUGUUUUUUAAGGGUUUAAAUAGGGAGACAGCUAAACGGAACCAUGAUUCUGGGGAAAACUGA